GGACAUACACAGCCAAGUGGAUUCUCUUGACGACAUCUAGAUGUCGCUCCCAUAGGGACAUCCACUGCUCGCCAACCUAAACUGCUCAUCAACACACUGUGACGUUCUGCCUACUCUCGGUUCUUCUUAGUGUUUCAUUUGGGUUUUAUAACUGAAUACAAUAUCACUGGGAUUAUUUUUGGAAUCACUGACUUGAUGGCUAAAAGUUGGCAAUAUGUGCUCUUCCUUUUGAAAAUCAAAUAAGAUAGUAAUUACUAUGAACAAUUGAUUCAUUUGUGUAUUUUAUGUCUUAGUAGUUAAAUAGAAGGCUCAAUAUUUCUAUGUUGGAUUAUAAACAGUGAUGUAGGAUUCAAUUGAUUUAAAACUGUUACUAGCUAUUUUUAUGUGCAAUCACCAAAUACAAUAUGUAUGAUUAACAGAUCAGGUUUAACAAUGAUGAAAGUAGUUCUGGUUUCAUUGGCAACAUUUACGCUGUGUGUGUCACCAAGUUAUUGCCAAGAUGCCUGCAUGUCACAGCCUUGUCAAAAUAACGGAGAGUGUAAACCAAUGGAGGGCACAUUCGAGUGUCGAUGCCCCAAAGGAAUAACAGGAAAUCUUUGUGAUAUUGAUAUUGAUGAAUGCGCCUCUAAUCCUUGUCGAAAUGGCGGACGUUGUACCCAGACAACUGUUAACAACUACACCUGCAACUGUCCCAUAAGUUUUACUGGUCAGAACUGUGACACCUAUAUAGAUCACUGUAUGCCUAAUCCAUGUCGAUAUUCAAAAUGUAUUAACUUAGAAAAGGGUUAUCAAUGUGACUGCUUCUUUGAUUUUGUUCAUUUUAAUGAAACUCACUGCUUGCCGACAAAUAACUGUUCAACUAAUAUUUGUAGAAAUGGGAAAUGUAUUCAAGACACUAAGAGUUACAAGCCUUCUUGUCAGUGUUUUGGUGGUUAUUUUGGUGAGUUUUGUGAUAAAGAAAAAUGUUCCUCUAAUCCAUGUCAGAAUGGAGGGACAUGCCAAAAUUUCAAGAACAAUUAUACUUGCCAUUGUGCAGUGGGCUAUUCAGGACCACUAUGUGAAACAGUUAUAGAUCAUUGUGCUAGUAAGCCUUGUAUACAUGGUCAGUGCUUUAAUUCACAUGACAGAUAUGAUUGCAAAUGUGAUACUAACUACACUGGAGAUAACUGUGAAAGAAAUGUCUGUGAUCCUAACCCAUGCAAUAACUCAGCAAGGUGCAUCCCUUACGAGAACAGUUAUAGACAAUAUAUGUGCAUUUGUUCACCUGAAUAUUAUGGUGUCAACUGUGAGAAACCACAAAGAAACUAUUGUGAUUACAAACCUUGUGGGGAUAGAGGAAAUUGUACAGGAAACUUGACCUCAUACGAAUGUCAUUGUAAUAAAGGCUUUCAAGGCAAACAGUGUGAGGAAAAAAGGAAUUAUUGUCAUCCAAAUCCAUGUAACAAUGGGACUUGUGCAAACCUUUCGAAUGGAAGAGGCUAUAAGUGUAUGUGUUUUGAAGGCUUCACUGGAUCUACAUGCCAGCAGGAUGUGAAUGAGUGCUCUGCCCUCAACCCAUGCAGUAACAAUGCAGUGUGCAUCAAUGACAUUGGUGGCUUUCAUUGUCAGUGUCCACAGGGGUUCAGUGGUACACUGUGUGAUCAAAGGGACAUACACUGUUUUGAAAACACUUGUAUAAACAACGGCAGCUGUUUCGACCAAUUCAAUGGCUACACCUGCAAGUGUCCAAAGUUUUACACUGGCUCUAACUGCCAUUAUAAAAUAGAGCCAUGUGAUAAGAAACCCUGUAUGAAUGGUGGCACCUGCUUCUACACUGGUGAUGGCUUCAAAUGUAAAUGUCCACCUGGAUUUACUGGACCACGCUGUGAGUGUAAAACAACUGACCAACUUUGUCGACCAAAUAACUGUGACAUUAUAGGAACCCAGAUUUACCAGCCUGUAGUUGAUGGUUACAAGUGCAUCUGUACAUCACAUUGGUCAGGUCAGUACUGUAAUACUUCAGUUGAUUGUGACACAAUUACCUGCCACAAUGGUGGCACAUGUGAAGAUUCACAAUAUGGAGCUGCUUGUAUUUGUCCAGUGGGUUAUUUUGGGGAACACUGUGAGAACCAAAUGUCCAAAUGUUACCCUAACCCUUGUCUAAACCAAGGCACAUGUACAGAAAAAAACAAUAAUUAUAUGUGCUCCUGCCCUGACUGGGCCACUGGAGAAAACUGUAAGACACAAGUCUACCUUAGUUGUGACACCUCUCCCUGUUUGAAUGGAGGCAGCUGUGUUCUGAGAGAUGGUUCCUAUGUCUGUGAUUGUCCUAAAUACUGGACUGGAUAUAAAUGUCAGGAUCCACUACGACUGGUCAGUCAAAUCUGCCUGGACAACAAGUGUAUGGAAAAGGGAAACAAUGGUGUCUGUGAUCAAGAGUGUAACUAUGAAGAAUGCUUGUAUGACAACACUGAAUGCUCAUUUGGGAUGAUACCAUGGCAGAACUGUACACAGAGGACAGCUAAAGGGAAAUCCUGUUCACAAGCAUUUGAUGAUGGUAUUUGUAACCAAGAAUGCUACACAGCCAACUGUUUGUUUGAUGGCUAUGACUGUGAUCCGCCUGCGGAGGAAUGUAGGUAUAAGAAUUAUUGUGAGACCUAUUACAGUAACAGCCAAUGUGAUUCCGGUUGUAACAAUGCUGCCUGUGGUUGGGAUGGUUUGGACUGUGAACAAGAUCAACAGGAUGUUUUUGAAGGAUCUAUUUUCAUUAUCAUUGCAAAGAGACCAGAGGAUUUUGAAAAAAUGAAAACUGAAUUUCUGUACAUGAUCAGUCAUUUAGUUCAAGCUGCAGUACGCAUCAGGAAGCAUUCGAAGGAUGAAAUGGCAAAUGUCAUCAACAGCUCAUCUUUGACAAUGAGAGAUGGGAUGACUGUUGGAGUGUUUUUAGAGGUACAAAAAAGUGGUUGCUAUAAACAGAGUCAAGCAAAGUGCUUCAUCAGUUCAGAGAAUGUUGCCCAGUUCAUUGCUGAGGCCAUGAGGACCAGGUCUCCAGAUCCCAAAUUUGAUGUUCUACAUGUGGGAGCUGUCAAAGUCCUGCCUCCAGCCACAGAGGAAACAGACAAGAAGUACAUGUUGAUGAUGGCUAUCUUUAUGGUCUUUGUGACCUCUCUGAUAUUCAUUAUUAUGGGAAUGGUCUUGCUGAGACAAAAACGUGCACGAGGAAUUACUUGGUUCCCAGAAAACUUUAAGCAAAACUUGGCAGAUGUAUCAUCAUCAAAAUUAAUUGGCAAAGACAGUCAGAAUACAACCCUUGAAAUGAAAAGAAUGUAUGUUGAUCACACUACCCCACCGCCUAGCAACCAAGGCAGCAUGGAAGAUGUGGAUGAUGAUGACAGCCCUAAGGCUAAAAAAAUGAAAGUGAACAGAGUUGAGAGUGUGGACUUUGACCAAGUAUGGAAACAAGAACAUCUCUAUGUAACUAGUACAGCAUUGACACCUUUACAUGGAUUGGACAUUAUACCUUUUGAUGUCAACCUCAAAGGACCAGAUGGUUACACACCAUUGAUGCUGGCUGCCAUAAGAGGCAGUGGCCUUGGUGAGGAGGAUGAGAACAAUCUUGGUUCCUUGUCCUCUGAUGUCACAGACAAUGACAACAGCACAACCACUGAUGUGAUGACACACUUGAUAUCACAAGGAGCUGCCAUCAAUGCUCAGACUGACAGAACAAAUGAGACUGCUCUCCACCUUGCUGCUCGCUACUCUAGAGCCGAUGCUGCAAAAUUAUUGCUUGAUGCUGGUGCUGACCCUAAUGCCACUGACUGCAAUGGUCGCACCCCAUUGCACAGUGCAGUAGCUGCUGAUGCCACUGGAGUGUUUCAGCUAUUACUUAGGAACAGAUCAACGAAUCUGAAUGCAAGGAUGCAUUGUGGUACAACAGCAUUAAUGCUUGCUUGUAGAUUAUCUAUAGAGGAUACAGUUGAAGAAUUGAUUGCUGCAGAUAUUGACUUGGAAGCUUCGGACAAUAAUGGUAAAACAGCUUUGCAUUGGGCUGCUUCAGUGAACAAUGUGAGUGCUUUGAUGACACUGUUAAAACAUCAGGCCAACAGAGAUGCUCAGACAGCCAAGGAGGAAACUCCCCUUUUUCUAGCAAGCAGAGAAGGAGCUCUUGAAUCAGUCAGAACUCUCUUGGACUGCUAUGCCAAUCGUGAUCUUAGUGAUCACAUGGACCGUCUGCCUAAAGACAUUGCUUUGGAGAGGCGCCACUUGGAAAUAGUUGACCUGCUAGACAAUUACAAAGUUGCACCACCUCCCACUGCAGAUUUAUAUAAUAAUGUUGUCUCCCAUAAACAGCCAGGUUUUGUUCAGGGGCAACAGAUUAGACAGACUAAAUCAAAGUCCAGAAAAAAGUUGCCUGUAGGAAGUGAUGCUGUAUAUCAGAACUCCUCUAUAGGGAAAAACUCUAAGGCUAAGAAGACAAAAGUUGAAGCAGAAACAAAGGAGAAAUUGCAACAACAUCAGAGAACAACCCAGUUACUGGGUAAGGCAUCACAGAGUGGCCAGCAGGAAUUUGUUCCUUCUCCAAAAGUUAACAUUAUUUCAUCAAGAAAUGGAUAUCCAUUAUUGACCACUGCUAAUCUCAGCACAGGUCAGCAAGUGUUGCCAUUGGAUUUCACAAAUUGGAAACUGUACAAUCACAAUUUACAGCCAUUGCAGAUAACUGUUGGGCAUGAGCAAGUCAAAGGUAAUGCGAUCAGUCAUGUUGUUGAUAGUAUUACCUCUGUUGCCACUACCCCCAUCAUUACAGUACAGAAGCAAAUGUCAGGCAGAGAAAUUUUGCCUUUUCCACCAGAUGUCAUUCUUCAGCAAACCAAUUGUCAGCAAGCCCCCAUCCAACAAAUGUCACUUCCAGCCUCACACUUCAACAAGUCUCCCAUACAGCUUGUCCAGACAGUGGCUGAGUCUCCACAUCACCUGGCUGUCACAUCUUACCAGCUUGAGCACUUGUUAACGCCUUCACCAGACUCCUGUGGCCAUUGGUCCUCCCCAAGGUCUACCAACUCUGAAAUGUCUGACAAUACAACAAGCCCAUAUGAACUCCUGUCUCAGGUGUACAGUGCAAAUUUUGCACCUGAAACAUUGUAUUAUUAACAUAAGGAGUGACUCAUUCAAAUAUAUUUCUUUUCUACUGCUUGCUCAAUGAAUGUUAUUUUAAAUUACCUUGAAAGUUUUAAUGCUUACUUUUUACUUGAUAUCACUACUGAAUGAAUGGAUUCACUCAAUGUAAUAAUAAUAAUCUUUAUUAACCUUGAGCAAAUUUGUCUUACAGUUAUGCAAUUAUGCAUAACACAUAACUAAGCAUUAUAAUAAUAGCCAAUGAAAUAUAUGUUCAUACAACAGUUUCACAUUACAUGUGAAGAUUGCAAUAGAAAUAUUUUUCUUAGUGUAUCAUGUAUUUGAGAUGCUAUUCCUUGAAUUUUUUUAAAUGUAUCAAGUGUUUGAGAUACUGUUCCUUGAUUUUUUUUAAAAUGUAUCAGGUGUUUGAGUAGCUGUUUAUUCCCUGAUUUUUAAAAUGUAUCAAGUGUUUGAGUUGCUGUUCCUUGAAUAUCGGAACUUCUGUGAAAUGUUCUUGACUUUAUGUAAGGAAAUGUAAUGGCCUAGUAAUCAAAUGCUUUGCUGCUAGCUCUUCUGCUUAAAUUCAAUCAAUAUUAUUGUUUGACAUUAUAUGACUAUCAUGCAGUUGUAUUGAGUAACUGACAUUUGUGUUGAGGAAAGAAAUGGUCAUGUAAUAGUCAUAGUGCUGGCUAAUAGAUCAUUGAACAGUCCUUCAAACAUUUUGUAAUCAUGCAGCCUUUAAUGGUGUAAAGCUACUUCAUUCACCCACACUGGCAAAAGUCAUUGCAAGAAAACUUUAUUCAAAUUAUGUUGUUUGCUCAAUGUAUAAAAAUGGCCCUAGAUUAUUGACUAUAUACUAGGAUAUAAUUUGAAAAUAAAUUUUAAUGCCUUGUUGUUGUAAUGUUUCCAUUCACUUCAACGAAUUAAAUUUUGUUCAUUUUAUUUUAUUUAUCACUAGAAUUAUAGUUUGUUUUUUUCAAUCAAGAUUGUAUGAACAUCAAUCCAAAUAUAAUUGGAUGCCCUGUUCAAAUCAGGAGGCGUGGUGGCUGAGUGGUAUAGCGCUUUGCCUCUGAACCAGGAGUCUGGGGUUCAAAUCCUGGUGAAGACUGGAAUUUUUAAGUUUGGGAUCUUCGGGCGCCUCUAAGUCCACCAAGCUAUAAUGGGUACCUGACAUUAGUUGGGGAAAAGUAAAGGCAGUUGGUUGUUGUGCUGGCCACAUGACACCCUAGUUAACCAUAGGCCACAGAAACAGAUGACCUUUACAUCAUCUGCCCUAUAAACCAUAAGGUCUGAAAGGUAACUUUACUUUUUUAUACUGUUCAACCCAGUCUUAAUAGAGGGACUAUCUGAAACUUACAAUACUAUGUUGCCUACUGUAUUGUGUGCUUAGAUGUUUAGAUAGAAUAUUUGUUUAUAGAACAAAAUAAAAAUGUUUAACUUAG